CUCAAGCUCGUCGGCACGCGCGGCGAGCUCCGACCGAUACCCUGCAGCGCAUGAGGCUGGCGCUGCUGCUACUGCUCAGCGACGCCGCGCUGAGCGACGCCGCGCUGAUCGCCUCUUCGCCGCAGCCUCGCGCCUGCUCACGGCGCCGCGCAGCCGUCGCGGUGGCGGCGCUGCCCCGGAGCGGUGACGACUGCGUCGGUGAAGAGUGCGAGACUCGGACCGGCGCGGCGGCGGCGGCGACGGGCGUCUCGGGCGGCAAGACGAUCGACCUGCGGCGAGGGCGCACCGGCCGGGCCGGGUCGGGCCCGGAGGAGGGCCGCAACUACGGCCGGGACCCGCGCGAGGUCAAGGGCAAGCCGGAGGUCGAGGCGGAGCAGGCGGCGGCGGCGGCGGCGGAAGGGAGUCAUCCGAGCCACUCGAACCGCGAGCACGUGGCGCCGUUGCGCAGCACCGCCGACCUCGAGGCUGCGAUCACCUCCGCCGGCGACCGCCUCGUGGUCGUAAAGUUCUUCGCGCGCUGGUGCAAGUCCUGCAAGGCGACCAAGCCGCGCUACGAGCGGCUAGCCGCCAAGCUGUCCAGCUCGUGCGACUUCUUCGAGGUGGACUACGCCGCCUCGAGGUCCUUCUGCGACCGCUGCUACGUCCGCUUCAUGCCAUGCGUCCACGUCUACGCCGCAGGCGAGCUCUCCACCGCAACCUCUCUCUCGGUGCAGCGCUUCAGCGGCUUCGCCACGCAGCUCGAGGCGGACGCCAAGGCGCGGAGUCAAGGCUGACGUAGCCCGCUGGCUCCCGUCGCCUCCACGCGCGCCCGUCUGCGGCCGAUAAGCUUGAUGCGGAGGUCGGGCUCCACCGGGUGGAUCAGUGUUCUCUUGACUUUUGCGUCGCGCGUCUCGGAACCCGCGUGUUUACGUGCUUUUCUGCUACUGUGCCAUAGAAGAA